AUGAACACUAGAAACUCUUCUAGAGGUUCUAAGAACAGUUCAUUUUCUAGGACGCGUGGAUUAUCAGCUUCGCGAAACAAUAUAUCAAUAGAACUACAGGACAGUACUGGUGCUAAGCCUAAGGUAGUACAUUCUCCUACAAACAGGUCACAGGUUAAUAGGGCACAGAGCUCAAGCAAUUUAUCGUCAGCUAGUCUUUUCCAGGACAUAGUGGUAAUGGAUAACCAAAGUUCUACUUCGCAACCGCAAUUAGUUGCCACUUCUGGGGAAAUUCCUCCUAGAUCCUCUCUCAAUCCUAAUGUAGAUCCAUUUAUGCAUACUUCUGUUCCGAACAGCAAUGCUGCAGUACUUCCUAAUACAAAUUAUGUAAACCCUAAUGCGUCAAAUUCCUUUGACUCCUUAUUAGCAUUAAUGCAACAAACAAUGAGGACAACUCAAGAGGAAUUCCGAAGAGAAUUGACUUCGAUUAGAGAGAGUAUAUCUCAAAUUGGUAGUGCUCCAACUUCAUCUUCAAACAGACCACCUGAAAUGUUCCAUAAUUUUACCACAUCACAAACUCCCAAUUCUAAUCGGUUGUCAGAUCAAAGUAGGAUAAGCGAAAAUGUCAAUGUUAAAUUAGAGAAGUGGAAGAUCUCAACACGCUUUAAAAAACGCAAGUAUUUCCGAAAGCUAUCAGAAUCAACCGUUAUUAGUGGAUCUGAUGACAGACCAUUCGCAAAAGUAAAGGUUAAAGAUGAUACCCUGGUAGGAUUACUUGAUUCGGGGGCCAAUGUCUAUGCAUUAGGCAAAGAUUGUUUAACAUUUCUGGAGAAAAAUAGAAUACAUUAUACACCAAUUAAGUCUUCUGUUCGUACGGCAAGUGGCAAUAAACAAGAAGUUAUAGGUUUUUGUGUUUUGCCAAUAGGUUUUAAAGGCGUUACUAAGAACGUUACAUUUUAUAUAGUGCCAUCACUUAGCCAACAGGCCUAUUUCGGUGUUAACUUUUGGCGAGAGUUCGCGCUUGCUCCUGAUAUCAUUUCAACCAAUUUGGGACAAAUUUCAGAUAUUUCUUUGGACUCAAGUUUGGAAAACUUUCACGACCUUACUCCUGAGCAAAAGCUCAUUUUAGAAAAAACAAUUUUAGAAUUUCCCUCAUACGAAAAGUUGGGACUAGGCACAACUGACGUUUUACAACAUCAUAUUGACACAGGCGAUGCAGCUCCCAUAAAGUGUAAACACUAUCCUUUAUCCCCUCCCAGACAAGAAGAAGCUUUUCAAGAAAUCGAAAGAUUAUUAAAACUAGGCGUUAUCGAAGAAUCUAACUCUCCGUGGUGCUCACCGGCAGUACUUGUAAGAAAACCUGGAAAAGUGAGGCUCUGCAUAGAUUCCAGGAAGCUGAAUGAGGUAACGAAAAAGGACUCGUACCCAUUGCCUCACAUCAAUGGAUUACUAAGUAGACUCAAAGAUACGUACUAUAUCACUGGAAUAGAUCUUAAAGAUGCAUUUUUACAAAUUCCAUUGACUGACUCAUCCAAAGAAAAGACUGCUUUUGUGAUACCGGAUCAUCUGACAAAAUUUGUUUUUCUGAAACCAAUGAAGGCAGCUACAACAUCCAAUGUUAUUUUAUUCUUUGAAUCCGAAAUUUUUCCAACCUAUGGAGUACCGAGAUUUAUCCAUAGCGAUAAUGCUAAGCAAUUUCUGUCAAAGGAAAUGAAAGAUUUUUAUGAUUUAUAUGGUAUAUCUCAUGUAACUACAGGAUUUUAUGCACCUCAAUCCAAUGCAUCGGAACGUGCCAACCGUGGUCUGUUUGAAGAUGAAGUUGGAGCACUACCAAUUUGA